GAUUAUUAUUAGUUAAUUAGACCAUAUUUUUAACAGUAAGAAAAAAAAGUAAUUCCAGUUAGGACAAGAUUUCUUCUGAAUUUGAAAAAGGUAGAAAAAAUGAAAUUUACGUUAAAUACUCAAUUGGCUUUCAUAGGAAUAACCCGUUAGUUAAAAACACGUUAUCUUGCCCUUGAGCAAGACAAACUAGUACAAGCCAGCUUUUAAUCACUCGACCACUUAUAGCUAACUAUUUAAUUGGCUACAGACAUCCUUCUAAAUCGUUUUACAAGAAUUGCCGAGACUUAAUUACGGCAUUCUUACUUUAUUUAUUAUAAACGAUAUCCACGUAAAAGCUAAACCCUAAAGGCAUAACAGGCGUCUCGACUAUUGUAUAUAAACGGACAAUAAUUCUUUAAAUUAACUCACUGGUUUUGAUCUUGUAUCUAUAUUCUGCUCUGUGUCGUCAAUACAAGAAUUAUAAGGAUUGCUUUAAGAUAACAAGCAUCCUAUAAAUUUGGUGACCCCGACGUGAUGAAUGCAACCUUCUUGAGAGGAACAGAUCAACGGAGGAACACAACCAGCAACGACGACAAAUCAAUGCACGGAAUCUCAAAAAAUAGAGGAACACAAGAUAAGUUCACGUUAAUAUUAUAUCCUAUAAGUCGCAUAUACGGGUCCAUGCUAAUCUAAUAGAUCUCCUAUCUUUCAACAGUUAACGACAUUUUACGAUUAUCGACGAAAAAACAACUCUACGACAUCGACACGAGGAUCCGGAUCAGCGACUAUUGACGCGAAGAAGACGAAAUCGCCUAAGGAUAUUUCUACGGACAUUCUGUAUUUCAUUCAAUUUACUGCAUAUUAAUUUUGGUAUGUACUGCAAUUUUCUUUCCUCUUUCUUUUGUUAUAAUCCGUAUCUCCCAUGAGAGCUAGUGUCUUCCCAUUUGAUUUAUUUAAAAAGGCCAAAUCUAAUUUAGCUCCAACCGAUAAGAGUAGUAAAUUACCUAAGCCAGAAGACGUAUUAAAACCACCCUUAAUUAUUAAAUCUCAGUUGCCCGAUAAUAAUAAUAUGCAGUCAACUAAGCAGUCGCCUAAACCGUCGUCUAGUCAAAAUUAUGAUCUAUUCGAACCUCUACCUUCGUCGUCGUCAAAUAGGAAACCGUUAUCACAUUUUAGAUAUAAUGAUCGUGAUAAUAUUAAAAUCCCGCAAUUUUGGGUUCACUCUCCCCUUUUAUGGAUUCGAUGUGUUGAAUCUGCUUUUUCUAGAGCUGAUAUUACAUCAGAAACAAGAAUGUUUGAUGAAGUAUUAGCUGUUCUUGAUAGUUCAAUAAUUGAAAAAAUAGGGGCGGAUUUGCUAGACAUAAGCGCUACAAAUCCGUAUACGGAACUUAGAGAAGCCCUAGUAAAAAAUUAUGCACCGACGGAAGACCAAAUGAUUUCGUCAUUUCUUAACUCAGGGGAUUUAGGUGACCAAUUGCCGUCAGAUUUGCUAAAAAAAUUAAAAUUACUUAUAAAUCCAGAUCAUAGAGGGGACCCUUUUGCUCGUGCUUUACUGAAAAAAUUAUUUUUGGAAAAAUUGCCUAAGGCAAUGCAGUCAAUUCUAGUUGCGUCGGACGAUGAUAGUUUAGAAGAGUUAGCAGAGAAGGCCGAUAAGAUUUAUAGAAAUUCUAAUAAUUCACCUGAUUCAAGUUAUAUUAAAAGUCAGACCCAAAAUAAGUUGAUGGAAGCUAAAAUUAAUACAUUAACUGAUAGUGUUAAUGCCGUCAAAUUAAUAAAAUGUUAAACCAGGGAGUUGUAUCGCCCUCUAGUGGAGAGUGGUCAUCACCCAUCACAGUAGUCCUUAAGAAAAAUGGGGAUAUAAAUAACCCAGACCAUUAUAGGCUAUGCGGGGAUUUUAGAUUACUCAACCUACAGACAAAGAAGGAUACUUAUCCUAUACCCCAUAUUCAAUCUUUUACCAAUGAAGUUAGGGGGUGUACUGUUUUUUCAAAAAUUGACUUAAAAUCGGCUUAUUUUCAAAUUCCGUUACACCCGGAUAGUCGUGAAAAAUCUGCGAUUACUACGGGAUUUAACAAGGUUAAAUGGAACGUCAUGCCCUUCGGCCUUAGCAACAGUCAGGCUAGCUUCCAGCGGUUAUUAGAUGAUGUUACUAGGCAAUUAACUAAUGUAUUUGCAUAUGUUGAUGACAUUCUUGUAUAUAGUAAAACUGUAGACGAGCAUAAGCAACAUUUGCAUAAAUUAUUUGAAACUUUAAAUGAAUAUGGCCUAGUAAUUAACAGAGAAAAGAGUUCAUUUGGAGUUGAUAAGCUAAUCUUUUCGGGUUUUUUAGUUGAUAAGGAGGGUAUUAAACCAAUGGAAUCUAAAGUUAAAGCGUUAAGAGAAUUUCCCUUACCUCAGAAAAUACUUGGUCUACUGAUAAUGAAGUAAAAUACGAAUAUAAUUGGCCAACAACCACAACUGGGAAAAUUUUUAAUGCACAUUUGGCUCUUACAACAAUUUAUUAUGACCAUAUAAAAGGUAUUCUUUUAGGCCCAUUUUCAGGAUUAUCCACUUGCAGUAUUAAUUCCGGAUCUUGUACUGUAGGUACUCAAACAAUUAUUUGGAAAAAUUACCCAUUAAUAGAUUGUCCCCUUUUUUAAAAAUUUCAAUUCGAAAAUGGCAUUGCAUUAUAAUGCGUCGGGUGACAUUUACCGAUUAGACUUUCCGGAAUUGGGAGCCAGCAUCCACCAAUGGGGUUCAUGUGGCGCUUAUGUUCAAAGAUGUUUUAAUACAAAAACAUUUUGUACAAAUAAUGCACUUUUAUUUGAAACUCACAAAUGUUCUUCAUUGAAAGCUGCUGGUUUCAUCAAUUCUAAAUACCCAAAACUAAGGUAUAGUUCCGUAGUGGUAGAUUCUGUUUCUAGCACUCUGACUGGCUUUAUUCAGGAAAAUACUGACAGGGUAACCGAGGUAAUUGUUAAUAUAUCAUCAGACAUCAAUUACCUCGAGUGUCAACUGGAAAGUAUUCUAACCCGAAUAUACAAAACUCUAAGUAAACAAUAUCCAGGUCAAAUUUUAAAUGAAGUGUUAGGAGGCAAACAUGCUGCUAUAACGGUAGGGGAUAUCCUCACAGAAAUACACUGUGAGCAAAUAAACGUUACUAUAUUACGAUCACUAUACUAUAAUAAUACUUAUGCAACAAGGCCACUUGUAACGUUUCUCAACAAAAAUAAUGUUACCAUAGUUGCGCAGAUAUUUACAGAUACGAAUGUCUACGCAGGUAUACAUUUUUUUGAAAACUUCGUCUCCGGACGAACGUUUACUUUUGCAAUCAAUGGGCGAUACUAUACGUAUAUCAAUUACACGCUAACUCAUACAAAUGCCCACAUACAAUCUCUAAGGCCUUCUUUAACCAAAAUCAACGAAACCUUUGAACCAAUGGAAUAUCAAAAGAUAUUCCAAGAUAUGCCCCACGGAGGACACUCAGGCUUCGAAGAUCUCAAUAAUAUUCUAAUUUCGAUCAAUCACCUGAACUUGAUCAAAGAAAAGAUAUUAUUGGAUCACAAGUCGUCCUCCGAAACAAAUACAAACAACCAAUUUACUACAACUAAAAACAAAGUUGAAGACAACUUUGUAAACGCUUUAUCAUUUAUCAGUCAUCCAAUUUUGUCGGCUUUCUACAUGCUAGCAUGGCAUUUAGGAAUGUUUUGGGGUAUUGUAUUGAUCAUACUCGUCAUAAAGCGUAUGAUACCAAUGCUCAAAACCUCGUCAACGCCUGUAUAUAACAGAGCCAGACAAUUUUGGAUAAAUUUUAGAAACCCCGCUCAGGAACUUAAUCCUGUAGAACCUUUGCCAAACGUAAAUAGAACAAAUAGAGAAGACACUGAGACUGAUGUACCUAUACAUGCCCCCCAUACUUCCAAUAACCUACCCAAUCUAUACCCCAAUCUUCCUUCUUGAAAUUUUCACCUCUCUUGGUGACAUGUUUUUCUUAUUUACAUUGUAUUGUAUCACAUAUUUUGUUUGGUGAAUAUAUACUUGAAUAAAUAUUUCAAAAAAAAAAAUAUGAAAAAAAAAAAAAAAA